AUGACACUUUUGGCGGUGAUCGUGUUCGGCGGCGGCGGCGGUGGCUCAAGGAGCAGUGCCCUGCCAUCAUUGUCCACGGGGGUGGCAGGCGUGGAGGGGUCGGCCACAGGGCCCUGGCUGCCGGAGUCUCUAACCCUAAACGCCGCCACCCACCGGAUCCCCUCCACCUCGCCCUUAAGUAUCCCUCAGACCCUCACCAUCACCCGCGAUCCUCCCUACCCAAUGCUGCCUCGAAGUCACGGCCACCGGACCGGCGGCGGCGGCUUCUCCCUCAAGUCCUCGCCCUUCUCGUCAGUGGGCGAGGAGAGGGUUCCGGACCCGAAGCCGCGGCGGAACCCGCGGCCGGAGCAGAUCCGGAUCCUGGAGGCCAUCUUCAACUCCGGCAUGGUCAACCCGCCGCGCGACGAGAUCCCGCGCAUCCGCAUGCAGCUGCAGGAGUACGGCCAGGUCGGCGACGCCAACGUCUUCUACUGGUUCCAGAACCGCAAGUCCCGCUCCAAGAACAAGCUGCGCUCCGGCGGGACAGGCCGCGCGGGGCUCGGGCUCGGCGGCAACCGGGCCUCAGAGCCGCCGGCGGCGGCGACGGCGCACCGGGAGGCCGUGGCACCGUCGUUCACGCCGCCACCGAUCCUCCCGCCCCAGCCGGUGCAGCCGCAGCAGCAGCUUGUCUCGCCGGUGGCGGCGCCCACCUCGUUGUCGUCAUCGUCCUCCGACCGCUCGUCCGGGUCCAGCAAGCCCGCGAGGGCUACGUUGACGCAGGCGAUGUCCGUGACGGCGGCCAUGGACCUGCUCUCGCCGCUCCGCCGAUCAGCUCGGCCACGGCAAGAGCAGCGCCAUGUCUAGGCCGGAGGAGGCGCACGACGUCGAUGCCACGAAGCUCGGUCUGCUACAGCAUGGCUUUGGCAUCAUCACGCUGGCCGUGCACGUGGACGUUGCCUCCUCCGCUGCUGGCGUUCUGCCUCCUAUUCCGUCCUCGCCGUCGCCGCCGGACGCCGCCGUCACCGUUGCGAGCGUGGCUAUCACCGCUAGCCUGACUGAUUUUGCUGCAAGUGCUAUAUCUACUGGGCACUGGCGCCGUCGCUAACAAUCAGUUGCAAGGUACUCUUUUUGUUCUUUGAUAUGAACAAUUUAAUUAACUGAUCAAAUCGUGAAUCACCACCAUUUAGCUAGAUUAUUAGUAUCACAUGCAUGCAUCAUAUUCAUACGCUCAUGUUUAAAUGGAUUAAUUAGAAGUGUUAUUUGGGGGGAGUCAAUAACUUCUCUUGUAGUGUUGCCCUCCAUUUCAGUUUCGUUUGGAUUUAACUACAAAAUGACAAUGACCGUACUGUCGCCACGCUGUCAAGUCGUCGCUCCCCCGAUUUCUCGGCGCCUGCUCGCAUCAACUCCACGCAGGCCAGGUUUCAGGGUGCUAGCUACUCACUUUUUCAGUGUAUCGUCUCAGUUUUAUGUUUGAUAUGAGGCUUUUUUCUGUUGUGUUUUCCAUAUGUUUUUUAUGUUUGGUGGAACAAUUGGUGAAUAAUACAGCACCUUAUCUGAAAAUGCUGAUAGCACGAUAUGGUGUUAAACUCACCGAUUCAAUUUUUUUGAGCCCUUCAGUGUUUUGAUUAAAAUGCGUAUCAAACAGUAAAUUCUUAUGAGCAUCUAACUGAACCAUGUCAUGGUACCUGUCUAACAUGCUCAAUAGCACUAAAACUACACAAAAGGGAAGUAAUGGCUUCACUAUCAAGUUUUUUCAUCACUUUGAUUGCUUAACCAUUUUCCUCGGUGACCACUGUUGAUUGGUGCUAUUAACAUUUUUCUGCUAAUGACACAAGGAUGACAGCGUUGCAUUUUUUCUUGUUUAGGGUGUGUUUAGUUCGUGAAAAGAAAUUUUUUGGGUGUCACAUCGGAUGUUUGACGGGAUAUUGGAAGGGGUUUCUGGAUACGAAUGAAAAAAACUAAUUUCGGAUACGAAUAAAAAAACUAAUUUCGGAUACAUUGUCCAUAGAGAGGUCACAUCCCCUCCUAUGUUUCUUUUUAUGAUGGAGGGAGUGUCUGAUAUUAAUGCAUGUCAAGUAUUUCUCAUUGUAUCACAACCGGUGAUAAAGUUAUACACUUAUUAUUUAAUCAAUAUUUUUUAAAUGGAUAGAGUGAUUUAUCAGUACUCACUAUCUUGUCUAAUGUAUCUGGGGUAUUUAUUCAAUUUUAAUUUCAUACCGAUGAAAAUUGGAUUAGCUACAUGCAAUCCAGAUUACUCCCUUUUACAAAUGAGAUUGUUAAUAUAUUUUUGCCCUGUUCAGAUGAAUAACCUUGAUUCAUAGAGGGUAUCUCCGUUGGGGUGGCCACGAGUACUACUGCGUCUCAGCCAACUAGAUUGGUGAGGAUUGAAGGCCUUUUGUUGUAUAAUAGGCCAGAUGAUUAACAACAGGAACCAACAAGAUUGUAAUCUACCCUAUAUUGUUAGCCUACUCAUUUUUCCAGAUGCAAGAUGCUAUAAUGCCUCUGGGCUUCAUUUUGUUCUGCUUUUAUGCCUCCAAUUUUUUUGUCAGUGGACUGAUUUUGUUUCCUGGUGAUAAUGCAAUCUGUCAAAAGCAACAGGCCUUGUAUAAUCUUUUUAUUAUAAAUGACUGAUGAUGGGGCACCAUGUAUGAUUUGUCGCCAUGUUCUUCCUCUUCGUCCACGGCCGCAAGCUCUCCGACCAGGUCACCUGAUCCCCUUAUU